ACACACACACACACACACACUCGCUCCUCUUCUGAGCGGAGAACCGACGAGAGCAGCCUGGCGAUGAUGAGAAGAGAAGAGAAGAGAUCCAUGUCCUGAGACACUGAUCCGCUCGGAUCUUUACUGGAGUUUAUUACCGGAAACACCUGCGCGCGCGAACAGGUUCUCUUAUGGCUCUGCUCGCCCUGCUGCUGCUGCUGGGCUCAGUGUCGGCCUCGGCCCCGGGGCCCCAGUGGCCCCUCCAGCGUGUGCCUGUAGUUUGGCCCCAGCGGACGGAGCAGCGGCCAGCACCUCACUUCCUGGGGCCCGCUCAGCUGCAGCUCAGCUCUUCCUGUGGCCCCGAGUGUCACAAGCGGGCCCCUGCUCUCAGCUACUGGGACCUGCGGCAGUUCCUGUCCUAUGAAACGCUGCACUCCAGUGGCCAGCUAACUGAGACGGAGGUGGCCAUUUACGGCUUCGACCCCAGGUCCUUCUCCACGGGCCCCGCCGGUGGCUCCAGACAUAAGCGGCAGAUCUUCGGUCCGGACGGACGCUUCAGUAUCGUGGGCCAGGACUUCCUCAUGAACUAUCCCUUCUCCACGGCUGUCAAGCUGUCCACCGGGUGCUCGGGGACCCUGGUGGGGGACCGGCACGUGCUCACGGCGGCUCACUGCAUUCACGACGGAAAGAACUACGUCAAAGGAGCCCAGAGGCUGAGAGUGGGCUUUCUGAAGCCACGGCAAAAAGAGACGUCCAGCAGAAACGGCACUAGAUCGGGCCAGAUGAAGUUCCAGUGGAUCCGAGUCAAGCGCACACACGUGCCCAAGGGCUGGAUCACCAACACCGGUUCGGCCAACGACAUCGGCAUGGAUUACGACUACGCUCUGCUGGAGCUGAAGAAGGCUCACAAGCGGAGGCACAUGAAGCUGGGCAUCAGCCCCGCGGUCAAGCAGCUGCCCGGGAAGCGGGUGCAGUUCUCGGGGUUUGACAAUGACCGGCCGGGUCAGCUGGUGUACCGCUUCUGUGAGGCCGGGGACGAAACCUACGACCUCCUGUACCAGCGUUGUGAUGCUCAGCCAGGGGCCAGUGGCUCCGGGGUCUACGCCCGCUUGUGGAGCCGCAGACGGCAGCGCUGGGAGCGCAAGGUCAUCGGGAUCUUCUCUGGACACCAGUGGGUGGACCUCGGCGGCACGCCUCAGGAGUUCAACGUCGCGGUGCGCAUCACUCCGCUCAAAUUCGCCCAGAUCUGCUACUGGAUCAAAGGAAACUACGUGGACUGCAGAGAAGGCUGAGCGCCUUGCUUUCUCUCCGUUAGCACUUAAGACUCAGAAGAUUAUUUCAUGCAGGAAAGUUGCACAGCACAGAAUAUGCAUCAGUAACUAAUAAACUCCUAAAUUCUUUGUUUUAAACUAUUUUUUUAGUAGUCUACUUAUAGAUUACUUUGAGUCAAAUCAGUACCAAAUAUACCUGCGAAUGAAUUUAAGUACUGCAAAGAUUUUGCAACACUUUUGCCAUAGUUUCUGGUUCAUUUGCGAAGCUGAUUUUACAUUUCAGUCUAGUGUGAGUCUGCGGGAACUUUCUUUUUCCUCCAGAAAGUGAAACGUGAAGUGCAAAAGGAAGAAACUAUUCUUUAUUUUGGAUUGUAAAACUUUUUUCUUUUUGCAAAGUAUUAUAAUUUUUUUUACAAAAAGCACAUUUUAGUACUUUAACACAAUACUUUAAUUUUCCUUUGCAAAACACGUGGCACUGAUUUGACUCCACAACAAAAGUCUUAAGUAAGGUUCGCCUCUGGCAGUCUUUCUGUGGAAGCACAAAUCAUUAUAAUACAGUAGAUGUUUAAGGCUGACAUCAGCUCGGAGCUCUGGUAUGUUUUCUCUCAUGUACUGAAGUGUGAGGCGCUUGCGUGGAAACUACUGUAAUACUGCUUCCCUCUAGUGAACAGAGACUGUUCUGCAGAGGUCCACACACAAACACACUGUACAUCAAACACAUGAGCGGACAUCAGCUGCCCAUCUGCACUUUGACAUUUAUUCAUUUAAUGGCACUAAUCAUUUGAAGAAUUUAAUGCCCUGUUAUGCACAACACAUUAAAAGCUUUUGCAAAAAAUAAAAGCACCUGCAUGAAGAGCUCACAUUAAACAUAUGGAUGUGUGUGAUAGUUUUUAUAAAAGGCACAGCGCUUGUCGAAAACACGGUCAGCUCAUACUUAACACAAACUUCGUAAGAAAACAGCUUAUUUUUAAGGCACUUUGAAAUUAAGCACCCCUCAAAUUCUGAUGAAUGUAAUAUGAAAACCAAAUAACAUCAUAACAUUAAAAGAAAUCUAACUGGUUUAA